GCACUUAACACUGCUAGGCCCUGUGCACUGCUCUUGUUGACCCCCCAGCGCGUACGCGUCCGUCCUGACCUCGUUCAUUCAUUCCUCACGCCAUUCCUUAAAAAAAUGCUGCCCUUCACGGUUAUCCUCUCUGCUGUUGUCUACGCACGCUACGCGUCGGCGCUCACCUCGCUAUAUAUUCCCGGUUUCGACCCCCAGCCGGUCACUGCCAACCUACUGGGAUCGCAAGAUGGCGUGACUUCCUAUGUCAUCGCCCCUGGUGUCUCCAGCGCUGGUAUGGACGACUAUGGUAUUGAAGGACCUGCUACGCUUGUCGUCGGCCCAAACACUGCUGGCGUGACUUACAUUGACGAAGGUGUUGGCCUCGCGAUGUACGAGAGCUGCAAUAUCCAAGAUGGGAUUUCCGUCUGCGAGGACGUCGUCAUCGCUAUGGGCAGCGACGGCCUCACGAUGACGCAGACCGUUACGGAGACUGUCGCGCCGUUCGCUGUUCAGGGCGGGGCUGCCGUUACCGGUGCUGCCGCCAUCUCUACGUCGCCUGUGCCCACGGGCGAUUUUGCGACAUGGACACCCGAGUUCGGUGACUUCCCGACCGACAGCUCGGACGACGGCUUCCCUGCGCCGACGGGUAGCUCGCAGGCAGCUGGCAACACCCCUACGCCCACCCCCGCCCCAUCCGGGAUGUCCAAGGUCGCCGCCUCGGGCGGCGCAGCAACCUCUGACGCGUCUGGCUCCGCUGGAAACGCACAGACGACAUCCACCACAAGCGGCGCCACUCACCUCCACCUUUCCAGUCUUUUGGCCGUUGUUGUCGCUGGGAUCACUGGUGCCUUGGUUGUCUUGGCUUAGGCGUAAUGUUUCGGUGAAGUUGGACUUGGAUGAUCUUUCUGUUCUCUGGGUUUAUGAUACUAUGUUGUCUCCGCUAUUCGUACUGUCAAGGUGUAAAUAUACCAACGUGUAGUGUAGACAUGACUCGCCAAGUUGGAACAUGGACUGUAUCACGGCAGGCGAUCAUCAAUUCCAGCUACAAAGUUGUUGAACGGUA